AUGGCGGAUGAAAUUCCAAAACCAAAAGCGCGAAAAUUACCGCCUCUCUCCCCAAGUGUAGCCUCCCAAAGAGCAUCCGAGGCAGAAGAUGUAACUCCACGUAAGAAGAAGAAAAAGAAGAGGAUAGAUGGGGAAGAGAGUGGUCAGGAUUCUGUUAGAUCAGUUCGUCGCAGAAGUAGGUCUCGAGAAAGAAUUUCUGGAGCUGAAGGAACACUUGAUUCACCCAGCACUCCCUCUAAAAAUAGAAGGAAAAGAGUGAAGGAUACAACUGGAGAUGACGGAGGUGAAGAAUCUCAACCAGCAACACCAUCAUCAGCAACAAGGAAAGAUAGGAGAUCAGGACGGAAACCGAAGCAGAAUGUAUCUGGCAGCAGAGAGACAUUAGUAGAUGAUACUGUUACAGAGUCCAAGGCAGACCCAACAACCAAAAAGAAAAGAAAGAAACGGAAGAAGCCAGAUGGUUCAAAUGAACCAGAUGAGUAUGAAGACAAUGCACUUGCUGCAGAACUCUCAGCAAUAAAUGAUGACAUCAUCACAAAGACUGAAGACCACGAUGAAGAUGACGAUGAUGAUGAGAGAGAUGUACGUUAUACGGCACCACAGCUCAAGAGUCAACCUGUUGGUAGACUGUUUAUAGAACAGAAAACUGGUUUUAAAAGUACAGAUAAACACAAGCUUGCACGACGGCUAGCAGAACAACAAGAACAAGCCCGAAGUAACGUCAUAGAGACUCCUGGUCAGACUACAAUACAACUUGCUAUCUCCACCCAUCGUGUCUUCAAGGCCUUCACUCUUUUCCUCCAUGGCAUUCUAGCUGGAUUCGCCAUUUGGCACAUAGUGACUGUUUAUAUAUUACUGGGACAUGGAAACACAGACUUUCUUUUACAUUAUGCAAUACUUGGCCAACCAGUGCAGUCCAUAUACUACCUUAUGUUUGCACUUUGUAUUGUAUCUGUAUUUGAUAGAUACGAUGUCAGUCAUCCCAACCGUAGAUUCCUAAUCAAGGCCUUGACUCUACAAUCAGGUGCAGUAUCUGUACUGGUGUAUUUUAUAGGACUUGUACUCAACCUCAGUAUAGCUGCACUGGAUGAUAGGAUAGGGCUCUAUACUAAGUACCCAAACUUGUGGCAAGAUGAACAGUUGACUGCCACCCACCUUGACACCUGGAAGAUCUUAAAUGUCCUACGAGGAACAAGCGCUAUUCUCGGGUGGUUCAUCCUUUCUAUUCAACCAACCAAAGACAGACUUUCAAAAAAUCUCGCAAACUCAGAUGAAAACCUCCUAGGUGGAACUUUAGAAAUGGUGCAAGUAAACGGCAAAUGAUAACAAACUAUUUGGAUUGAGGAUUAAUGAGUAUGGAUUAAAAUUGCCAAAUAUGUUUGCUCAAUUACAUUAUGUAACCUGUACUAGCUAAUGAUUGUUGAUGUUUAUUUGAGGAGACUGAUAAGGUACCCUGAGACUCUGAGGCUAGCUAGUUUUAUAAUUCCACACUCUGAAGAUGUGGAAUUUAAGGGUCUGGCCCGUAGCCCUGGCCAAAAAUUCUUUCAAA